AUGUCAUCUUCCUCAUCAUCACUAUCACCUGUUUUACCGGUCAUAUCUCCUUACUUACUUUCUUUGCUACAACAAGCUUUCCUAUGCCCACCUAUUCUGAUUCCAACACCGGCUCGAAAAUCUGUAAGCUCGUAUACUAUUCAGGAUAUCUUGUCCAACAAAAGGUGUAAAUGCAUCGGAAAAGAUUUGGAGUCGUCCCGAACUCAAACUGUUUUCAAUAAACUACAAAAAAAAAAAGCGCGAACAACGUUCACUGGCCGACAAAUUUUUGAACUUGAGAAACAAUUUGAGAAGAAGAAGUACUUGUCAUCUUGUGAACGAAGUGAACUCGCCAAGCUACUCAAUGUUACUGAAACGCAGGUAAAAAUCUGGUUUCAAAAUCGGCGGACAAAGUGGAAGAAGGGUGAAAUAGAAAAAAAUGUGGUAGUCGAGGAUUGUAUUGUUCAAAACAACAAUCAGCAGGACGAGAUUGCAUGA